CAGUGCGGAGCCCUCACUCAGGCGCCUUCACUAUAGGAUCCUGGUCAUUACUUGAUGCUGGACCGUGAGAUGGAGACAGAAAGUUGUUUGUCUUUCUGUUCCCAGGCAAGCAGAACAACUCCAGAAUCGUCCCCGGGACUCGAGCACAGUUCGAGCUCCUUCCUUCCCUGUGAUGAGCUUCAGAAGACGUCCCACGCUCCUCAUCCGCAUCGUCUCAGCCUGCGCGCGGAUUUUUACAGUUCCUCCAUGGGGAGGUUUAGCGACGCGCCCGCGGACUUUACGCACGGCGCCACCGCGGCAAACCCUCACCGCGCGUCGCCUUCCAAACACAGCAACAAGUUCUCGGACAGCAUAAAUCCAGACCGAAAGGGGAUAGCGAUUAGUGGGAAGACGGCGUUCUAUGAGAUCAACUCCGAAGAAAAGACCUCCCCCAAAACCAUGGGCUAUGCCGGGAUCGGCUCAGACUACUGUGCCAAACUGAAGGAGUCAGCCGGCGCCAUGCAGGGGGACUCUAUCGCCGACUCCAUUGACCUAUCCGGCAAAAACAAGAAGCGACGCAACCGCACCACCUUCAGCACCUUCCAGCUGGAGGAGCUGGAGAAGGUGUUCCAGAAGACCCACUACCCAGAUGUGUACGCCCGGGAACAGCUGGCCCUGAGGACCGAGCUCACCGAGGCCAGAGUGCAGGUGUGGUUCCAGAACCGCAGGGCCAAGUGGAGGAAACGAGAGCGCUACGGAAAGAUCCAGGAGGUGCGCAACCACUUUACUGCUUCAUACGAUAUCUCUCUGCUCCCCCGCCAUGACACAUACCAGAUGCAGAGCAACCUAUGGCCAGGCGUCCCGUCCACGGGGGGCGGGGUCCCAAACGGGGGGUGCGUCCUGGGCGCCGAGUCCAUGGCCUCGUCCUGCAUGAGCCCCUACUCCCAUCCCCAUGGCAACCUGCCCGGCUUCAUGGGCAUGCCGGCGUCUCCCGGCCACCCCCCACACACACCACCCCACCACCACCACCACCACCCCCACCACCACCACCACCCCCCACACCACCCGGGCAUCAACGGCCUCUACUCGCUCCACAGCUUCCCCGGGGGCCUGGGCCCCCCUGGCUUUGAGCCAGGCCCCGAGAUGGAGUACAAGCCCACUGGCCUGGUGGCCCUGCGCAUGAAGGCCAAGGAGCCAGGUAGCCUGAUCUCCUGGCCCACAUGACAACCACAGUGCCAGGUGUCUUUCACGCCGUGACUAAGCCCCUCUCAACCCAAGCGUCCAUAGCCAUUCAAGUUCAUUCACAUUCAUAACCAAUCAGUGUACAGGUCAAAGUGGUACUCGGAUAGAAUUUCUCUUUUCCUCUCCAUUGUAGCAUAAAUGUUAGCCACGGGACCUUUAACCACGAUGAGACCAUCACUCUUUGGACAUUACAGCUGUUUUUGUUUGAACAUGGAAGACAUUGUUUUCAAGGAAUUUCAUUUAAACUUUUAUUUUGUUUUUACCCAGAUUUGCCAUUCCUUGCUGAUUCCAAAUAGAGCACAGGGUGCUAUUUAAACAUUUACAAUUGUUUAUUAUCAGUAUACCCAUGAAUAAAUGUUUGUUGUACUUUAUAAUGUGUUGUGAAAUAAAGGAUUGAUACAUAUUGUCACAAUA